AUGGAGGUCAUCAACGCGCGCGCAAGUCUACUCUCGAACUAUGAAGUCCUUACCCUCCUCCGCGAGCUAGAGACCGAGUACCACGCCAAGACGAAAACAGCGCUCAGGAUCAAAAAGGAGGACGAGGCUUCGGGCGCGCCGCCUAGGGCGCAUAACCCGGCCGAUGAUGUGUCGGAGAACUUGAGGACUAUGGAGGUCGAGGCUAUUCAGUACCUCGGCGCGGAGUACCAGCCCACACGACGGCAGACUCCGGCGGGCGUCUCAAAACUGAUCAAAGCGCUCGAACCGUACGGCCUCACCAAAGCCGAAAAACUGCAAAUAGUGAACUUGGCGCCUACUCAGGCCGUCGAGCUCUACACCAUCGUUGAAGACCCCGACGCGCGAAUCGGCGAGACGAUGGAGGAGAUACUCGACCUCGUCCGUAAUUCGCUCGACCAGGGCGUAGUACUUGGAGACGAGGAUGUGAGCAUGAACGGCGUGGCAGAAGCUGUACCGGCCAAUACGGUCCGGCAGCCGCCGGGUGGCGAGGCGUAUGCGGAGGAGCAGGUGUGGGAUGAGUAUGCCGGCGGUGGUGGGGAUGAGUUUGUUGAUGAUGGGGAGGGCGCGGGGGUUGAGGGCGAUCUUGAUGUUGAGGAGGAUUGA